UGUUCGUCACUUGCUGUCACUUGCGACUGACUUCACAUUGUUUACCAGUGUUAUGUGACAGAAAGUAUUAAAAAAACGAAAAAUUGUGUUAAAAAAUGGAUAUUCUCGAGUUAAAGGAUGUAAAAUCGGUGGCGGACGUAAUUCACACAUAUUCUGGAAAAGUGAGAGAAGAAUCAACUCCUCUGAUUAUUGAUAACGGUUCUUACAACUGUCGAGUCGGAUGGGCUACGGACAAAGCACCGCUUUUGAUUUUUAAAAAUCUAAUAGCAAAGCCAAGAAAAGAGCGAGGAAAAAAGGAUGGUGAAUUACAAGUUGGCAAUGAUAUUGCAAACAUUGAAGCUGUUCGAUUUCAAUUAAAGACGCAAUUUGAUCGCAAUGUCGUCACUCAUUUCGAGGCACAGGAACAAAUAUUUGAUUAUACUUUCACUCAUUUGGGCAUCGAAACUGAGGGUUCUAUAAAUCAUCCGAUUAUCUUGACGGAAGCAUUUCUAAAUCCCAAUUAUUCUAGAAAUUUAAUGGCUGAACUUCUUUUUGAAUGUUACAAUAUUCCUUCGCUAACUUAUGGUGUCGACUGCCUUUUCUCCUAUCAUCACAAUAAUUGUCCCUCGGAUGGUCUAAUUGUUAGUAUCGGUUAUCACACUACUCAUAUUAUUCCGAUAUUAGACGGGAAAGUUGAUGCUGUCAAUUCACGACGAAUCAACGUUGGCGGUUACCAUUUAACUUCAUACAUGCACAGAUUGUUGCAAUUGAAAUAUCCAGUUCAUGUCAAUGCGAUUACACCCAGUCGUGCUGAAGAACUGAUCCACGAUCACUGUUUGAUUGCUCUAGAUUAUCAAGAGGAAAUUGCCAACUGGUCAGAUCCUGAUUAUUAUGAUAUGAAUAUUUUGAGAGUACAACUUCCAUACGUGGCGCCUGCAAGUACUCCAGGUUUGACAGUCGAACAGCAAAAGGAGCGAAAGCGAGAACUUGCUCGCCGACUCAUGGAAAUUAAUGCUAGAAAACGGGAAGAAAGGCUCGCUGAAGACGAGGAGCAACUCAAUCAAUUGUUGGCAGUUCAGGAUCUCCUGGAAGAAGGUGAAACGGAUGAAUUUGAGGAGGCACUGAAAUCUUAUUCACUCUCAAAUGAAGCAGAAUUAAUGAAAAUGAUUAACAAUCUACAGGCAAAAGUUGAAAGAACACGUCAAAAAAUAGUCGCUGCAAAUUCACAGGAGGAAAACAUGGUAAUUGAGGAGAAACCAAAAAUUAAAACCAGCCUACAGCCAAAAGAUCAACAGGAUUUUGAUGAAUGGAUUACUGGUGUCAGGAAGAAGAGACAAGAUAUAUUGGAUAAACGCAUGGCGAAGCGGCAACGAAGGCAAGAUAUGGCCAAGAGGAGAACAGCAGCAGCGCAAGAGAGAAUGAGAAUUAUUAGUCAGUUGGCUAGAAAGGAGAAGAGAGACGAUGAUUUUGGUAUGCGCGAUGAAGAUUGGGACGUUUAUAAAGUUAUUAAUCGAGAAGGCGGCGAUUCAGAUUCUGAACUCGAGCAAGAGAAACUCAUAGAGCUCGAGGAAGUCUUACGUCAUCAUGAUCCAGAAUAUGAUGGUGCUGGUUCAAGUACGCCAAUGGUUCCCGGCGAAACUCAUCAGUUACAUGUUGGAAUAGAACGACUACGUUCACCGGAAUUAUUAUUUCAACCAUCGAUGAUUGGAUUAGUCGAGGCUGGAAUUGCAGAAACAAUUGAAUUUGUCUUGAAACGUUAUUCACCUGCAAUCCAAAUGAGACUUGCAACUAAUAUUUUUUUAACCGGUGGACCAGCAUCAUUUCCCGGUUUAUUGGAUCGCUUAAAACGCGAAUUAAAGGAAAUUCGACCCUUUGGAUCUAAUUUUCAAGUGAAUAUUGCAAAUAACACCAGUUUAGAUGCUUGGUUCGGUGCACGUGAUUUUGGAUUAAAUGGCAAUUUGUCCGAUUAUUUGGUCACUCGCAAGGAAUACGAGGAAAAGGGUGGUGAAUAUCUUAAAGAACAUUCGUCAAGUAAUUUGUUUAAUCCAUCGCCAGAUCCGUUGCCAAUGUUGCAAGUUGCUGCAAUUUCGGAGCAAAUUGUUGUCGAGGACGCGAUUGUUGAUGUGGAAAUUGAAUAAAUUUUUUUUGAAAAUAUUAAAAUUUAAAAAUCUACAGUAAUAUUUUGAUUCUAAAUAGGUUAGUAAUGCGAUUUUUAAUUUAUUCUAUUUUUUACAUUUGAAUCGUGAAUUUUGAAAA